GGUUAAUCGAAAAGUUUAAAGGAAGUUCUAUUUCAACCACCCAACAUUCAUGAUUGCGAAACUGAUGUAUCAGAUCGUCAAUCACUUUUCUCUCAUGAUUUGAAACAUAAGCAGUUGCGCUGCUGUCGUCUCGGGAUAUGAUGGUAUCAUGCCCCUUCGUUGCAACAUAGGUUGGUGGCAGUGCCGAUGACGUCACUGCAUCAUGUUGCUACGCCAUUGUCCGACGACCACGGAAGCCAUACCAAACCCGGUAGUAGGGUAUGUGGAGAGCCGACCUUGUCCGGCUACACGAUACCAUAGGCGGUAGGAGGGCCAUCCGACGGGAUUCUGGACACUACGAUCCCGGACAAAGUGGGCUCUUUCUUUCUUGUCAUCGAGCUAGAUCGCCACUAAAGGGGUCUCGAUAUUCGGGAUCUGUGCUCCUUGACGUACCUGUUGGGCCGUCCGCUGAGGGCUCGGAUAGGGUGGACUUGACCGUCAGAAUGACAUCAUCCAGGUUGAUGAUCUGGAUAUCAUAGUUGAUGGCAGGGAAUUCCAAUCUUAUAUAGCAUUGCUAUCGCACUGCUCAGCCUGUCUAAAUCAGAUCAUUCGAAACAGAGAUCUCCGAUACUACGAUUCUCAACAGUUCAAACUACUUCCAGUUCCCAUCUACAGCUCUCGAACUUAUUCGCAUUUUUCACAUACAUCUAUCAUCAUGGAUUUUCAAGGACAGCCCAUCGGUCAAGGCCCUCGCAGCACCAAGGUCACCACUGACCCUGAAGCCUACCGCAACCCCAUCCAGGAAUCCUCUGGACCUGUGUCCGGGGACUCUCUCGCUGCCGAAUCUGCCACCAAGGGUGGCGUCUACUCUCAAAACCGUGGUGCCCAACCUCUUGGGGUGACUGGCCAGCAGUCUACCCUGAACACCAAGGACACAUCUGCUGCCUCCGAGCUGCCCUCGGCUCCAGUUGGUGCUGCUCGAGAGAACCUCGACAGACAAGAGAAGUACCCCGAAGGUCUCGGUGGCCAAGGUGAUUUCCCUGGCACCCAUCUUCCAACCUCCGGCUACGUUGGUGGCCCUACUGGUUCCAAGCAGCAGCAAGGAACCCAACAGCAGUCCAAUGCCUCUCAGAACCAGCAGCGUGGCACAGCCAAUGCUAGCGGCAGUGGUUACCAGACCCGGUCCAAGACUGGCGCCGCACCAUCAUAUGCCGAGGAUGUGGUCGGUGACUUCAGUAGCAAGAAGCCCCACGGCAAGAACCUGAAAGAGGGCGGUUUCGACGACAGCAACAACGCGAGCUUCACCACCGAUAUUGGCGGUGAGAACGACCCUGGCCGUCUCGCCACGAAGGGCUUGCAGCAUAGGCAGGUAGAAUCUGGACCUACCGCCACACCGGCUGGCCGGGAGCAGAAGGGUGUUGACAACCAGCACUGGUACCAGUCUCUGCAGUCUGACCAGCGCGCUUAAUUGAAUAAUGAUUAUGACGGACGGAAUGAAAAGCUCAUGAGCGGGUAUCCUGUGUUAUUUUCAUCUUUAGCCUGUAGAAACGGCCAUGUAUUAUAGAUAAUAUGAAAUAAAACAAUCAUCAAAAUCCAGCCUUUCUACCAUACAGUAAGAAUUGGUCUUUGCAAGGAAAGACCAGUAUGCUGCUUUGCU